AUGUCCGGAUUUUUGGUGGCACGGUUCCAUCGUAAGGUCGCUCACACUGACAGCUUUGUUUGGUUGCCUGUGCUAAGCCGCCUCGAUAUGUUCUUCCCGGGGGAAGGAGAGCCGUGGAUCACCGGGUCGAGCAGGUUCCCCUUUGGGCUCCUGUUCUUCUGGACCAUGCAGAGCCUCUGGGCCUGGACUGUGACGCUUCCGGUCAUUGUGUCCCAGGCACUGCCGCCGCCCAAAGGCCCCAUGAGCGCUUUUAGCGGCUUGUGUGCGGUGGCGUUUCUUCUUGGGUGGGGUUGGGAAACGGUGGCGGACUACCAGAAAUUCGUUUUCAAGAGCGAUCCGGCGAACAAAGGCAAAUGGAUUGACACAGGUCUCUUCAAGUACAGCCGCCACCCAAACUACUUUGGAGAGAUCCUGGUGUGGUCGUCCUUGUGCGGCCUGGCGUGCACACCCAACGUCUGGAGGAAGGCCCCUUGGGUUGUUGUUAGCCCGUUGUUCACAGCCUUCCUGCUGCUGUGCGUUUCAGGCGUCCCCAUUCUGGAGCGGUCCCAUCAGGAAAGGUACGGCCUGGACCCGGCGUACAUUCGCUACAAGGAAUCCACAAAUCUCAUAAUACCAGGGUGGAAGUGA